CCUUAUCUCUCAAAGCUGCGCAAUCUAUUUCUGGAUGUUUAUAAAUAAAGGAGUUCUCACGGUCCGUCAGUUAAUUUUUUUGUAUUUCUAGCAGUUCUUGGAAAUCUCUUGAUAAGUGUAAGGAAUUCUAGGCAGUUAAAUCCUGACAACAUGGCUAAAAAAGGAGGCGGAGUAAUGUACGUCGAUUAUUCUCCUAAAAAAGAAGUUGAAGACCCGGUGGCCGCAUGUCAAGGUUGGGUGGACCCAUGCGAGUUUUGCGAUAAGAGAUUUGGGAACUGGAUGGAUGCCAACGAAGAAAACAUCGCCAAAAUCCCCACAAAGCCCGGGAUUUUCAUGAUCGGCCUUAGCCACAAGAACACUGUUGAAGUCGUGGACAUUGCGCUCGAUACUACGGACCUGCAGCGAGUGGCUUACAGCUGCAUAGACCAAGCCAAGGAACGUGUCGCUGACAAAAAGUCCAAAGUCACAAAAUCGGUGGUGGUUUGCAGAUGGAUGACGUUUAAAUCGUCAAAUGAGAAAGAUGUUACCAGUCUUUGCGCCCACUGGUACAACAACGGCGUCUUGCCGAAGUUCCUCACCAACUGGCCUGGUCUGGAUAUUCUCGAGAAGACGGACAAUCUCACUUUUUCCGAAGAGCUCAAGAAGUGGUGUUACCCCAAGAAGGAUGCAUUCUGGAGGAAGCCCAAGCCUGUACCGAAUAAGCUGGUGGAGGUGGUGGAAGGUUGCAAGUGGACAGAGCCUUGCGAAAUUUGCGAUUCAUACUUCGGUGAGUGGAAAAGUCUGGAGGACGUCAUGUCCAAUGAACUGGCACCGGAUUCGAAUGGAAUCUACAUGAUUGCCGUGGGGUAUUCGAAAAUUAAGGAGGUUGUGGACAUUUAUUAUGACAGUCACAGCAUUAAAUUGAACAUCAAGGAUUCUCUGCUGAAGAAUCAUAAAGCUAUGCACUACAUUCUGAGAGAGAAAAAGUUUUCUGGUCGAAAUCCGUGUCUUCUUGUUAGAUGGAUGGAAAUGAACGAUCCUGAGAGUAACAACUGCUGUUUCCUGUACGCCCAUUGGCUGAAUGCCGGCUCUCUUCCCAUGGCGUGUUGCUCCAAACUGCCCGGGGAGCAGAUAGUGGACAGAAACAAGCAUUUCGUCGUGCGAACUCAGGAUAAGAAGUGGUGUUACGAAAUAGAUGUUCUGAAGCCAGUCAAAACCUCUAAAUCUAAGCAGAAGAAACAUAUAAUGAAUGACCUUGAGGACGAUCUUCGUGAGAUGAAUGUUGCAGAACUUGAAUAGCGUAGAUUAAGUUGUGGUCUUCUUCCUCUCUCUUCAUUGCUUUAUUCGAUGAAAUAAGAUGUUUAUAUACAUAUGAUAUAGAUGGUGUUUUUUUUUUCAUUAAUUUUACACUUUGAUAAGUCUUUUCAGCGUAGCUUGUAAGUAUUAUAAGCCGUGUAGAUUUUAAUAAAAGUUUUUCAAAUCAAAA